UCACUGUUGCCAAUUUGUUGAAUAGGGCUUGCAGUUUCAGUUUUAGAACUCCUUAAUCAAAUUUUAAGGAACAAAAAAAAAGAAAGAGUUUAUCCUCCUUUCUUUUCCCCUUUUUCUGCAUUGCAAAGGCAGAUGAGUUAAAUUUGUGCUAUUGUAGUGGGACUCUUGGUUAAAAGUUCCAUUUAGGUUUCAAGUUUUUUUCCUUAGUGAAAUGACCCACUUUUUUCAUCCUUAUUCAUCAACUCUAUAUCAACAUAAAACUAAUAAGGAAUAAGACGAUAAAGAGCGAUCCAGCGAUCCAUACCACAUCUGGCAGACCAAAGCAUCUGCUGUCUGUCGGACAGAUGCUCAAUUUAUCAGAAGGCCAUUUUGUUAAUUGAGGACUUGAAUGGGUCUCUCAGCCAAAUUUUAUCUAUUGUAGGUGUCUAGUCCCCUGGUGCCAUGGCAGUGGAUGAAAACAAUAAUGAUGGGGAGAUGAUAGAGAGUUCAAGUCGAAAGAAGUUGAACACAAAUGGUGUUGAAACUCAAGAUAUCGAUGAUGUGGGGAUUGUAGAGAGUUCAAGUGGAAAGGAGUAUGGUGUUGAAGCUCAAGGACGCUUCAAUAUGGAACCAUAUGUGGGUAUGGAAUUUGAAUCAGAAGAAGCUGCUAAAGCAUACUAUAGCACAUAUGCCACACAUUUGGGCUUUAUCAUGCGAGUAGAUGCAUUUCGACGAUCUAUGCGUAAUGGGGAGUUGGUGUGGCGUCGACUUGUCUGUAAUAAAGAGGGUUUCAGUAAAAGUAGACAAAGUCAGAGUGGAAAAAGGAAGUGCAGAGCAAUUAGGGAAGGAUGUAAGGCCAUGAUAAUUGUGAAGAAAGAACACUCUGGAAAAUGGCUUGUUGCUAAAUUAGUGAAGGAGCACAAUCAUCCACUGGUUGCCAAACCUGUUAAUACCCCUAAAGGUGCAAUCUUGUGUCAAACACCGGAUGAUAAAGAUGUCAAGAUCCGGGAAUUAACGGCAGAGUUGCAGAAGGAGCGUAAAAGGUCUGCUGCUUUACAGGAGCAGCUAGAUUUGGUUUUGAGAGAUAUGGAGGACCACUCGGAGCAACUGUCAAAGAACAUUAAUGGCAUUGUUAAAAGUGUGAAAGAAUUGGAAUCAAGAAAAAUUGUCUUCCCAAAUGGCCGAUAGCUUCUGUAGCCUUUUCCCCUUUAUUUUCAUUUUUCUUUGGAAAAUAGUAACAUAGGCCCGUAAAUUAUUUGAAAGUCUUAGUUAAACCUUUUGUACUGUUAAUCGAACAGAAUUCUUAUACUCCUGCUUUGUUUUUGUAUAAUUCCUUGUCAUUUACUCAGUGAGGUGUCAUGUGCAAGGGCAUUUUGGCAUCCAAAGGUGUAGCCUAACGGCAAUGUAAUGGGUGAAGACCUUAGCAGCAAUGGUUUAAAUCCUAGCAUAGACAAAAACCAUUUGUCUAAGUCUUAAUUUGGCUAAGUUAUUUGGUAUGGGUGUUGGUGAAGUGCAUGCGAAAAAAGUCCCAAGGACAUUUUGUACUUGCCAGAA